CCCCCCUGGCACCCCGGUGUUUGCUCCUCUGGCCUUUUCCUCUCCCACAUUUUCGCUUCUCUCCCCCCGCUUUGGCCCCUUUGCCCCCAGGUUUGCUCCUUGCCCGCCCGGUCCUCUCGACACCUCCCUACCCCUUCCUGCUUGACCUUGCCCCUCUUCUGCCCAGCGGGGAGCAGAUCCGGACGGCAAGCGGCGGCUGAGCGCUGCGCAGGCUCAGCUCUCGGGCAUGCUCACUACCACCCGGGGAGUAAAAUCGGGGAAAGUUGCGAGAGGAAGCCGGCAGGGUUUAAAUGCGACGGAGCGGGGCUGGGACUGAGCGUGUUGAGGCGUUACCCGCCACCGAUCUCCCCUGGCCGAAGUACCACCGGGGAGCUUGCAUGCAGGCAGGCGCCCGGUUCACAGCCCCAGCACAGGCUGGCAGCUUGCAGCUCUACCGGCACCCAGCCUGCAGCAACCCAAAUACACCCAGAAAGGGGGAUCUUCAGCGAGCGGCCGUCCGGCCACCCAGAUACAGCCUGGGAGGUUGCACCAUCCAGGCACCCAGCUCCCCGCGCACCCGGAGAGACACCGAGAUCCGCUGCGUGCGCCAAGCCAGACUGAGCCGACAAGCCCCGAUAGUCCCUGGGAGCUUGUCUCCACGAAGACGCCUAGCCUAGAGGUCUAACGCGACCCCGAAAGGAAGCUCUCUUGCGAGCGAGCGAGCCCCAGGUUGUGCCUACAGCCCAACUCCAGCCGAGACUGAGUGGAAGAUCUACAGCGUUCAGCCAAUCCAGACACCCAGCCCACAGCUCCAACCUUUCUGAGCGCCGAUCGGGCAGAGCCUCACAAAUCAGCUCCUCUCUGGCAGCCAGCAGCUACCCAACCCUCCUCCUCCCUUUUUUCCUCCAGAAAGCCUCCCAAAACCGACUGCCCGGGAGCUGCUCCUCGCCAACGACCCGCAGCGAUCAUUCAGCACCCGCUCGUUUCCUCUCGGCUGCGGCAGCACCCCAAGCUUGGGAAUUGUGUUGCUGGAGUGUGUGUGUGUGUGCGCGAGAGAGAUUGCUACGGAGGCAUCAACCUGUAGGCUGAGAUUUCUUUUGCGGCAGCUACCUGUUUGGAAAGCGCUUUGCGGGUGCAGCAGGAAAAGCGCACAAAGAUUUAUGCAACCCCUCCUCAAUCUGGAGGCGGGCAAGUGAACUAGCUCUCCGGCCCCGGCUCAGUGCAGCCUUUCCGGGAGAGGGCUCCCCAUCCCGGCUGCUGUCUGGAUCCGGACGAAGAGGGAAUAAGGCAGCGGGAGGUGAGAGCCCAAGUGAAGGCAAGCGGCUUUGCAAGGCAACGCACGCCAGGAGCUGCACUGUGGCCCGCUGGUACCGACACUUCCCCGGGAUAUCAGGAUACAUUGAGUUGCUCUGAAUGGGAGAAGCUCUCCAAGCUUGGUGGGUGGCUCAGAUAGUGAUAAUCGGUUUAGAGGAGUUGCAAUAAAGAGAGAUUUCCCCUCCCAUUCUCACGCUCCCCCUUCUCCACAGAUUGUGGCGGCGGACACCGUACAGGUAAUCCAGCAAGCCGGGCGAUGGUGCACUGGCUUCCCCGGAGCCCCAGAAAGAUAACCCCGGCUCCCGCAUUCCUAGCACUGCUGAGCCCGAGCAGUCACUGAACCACCACCAGCAGCAGCAAAAACAACCCCCACCGGAGCAGUGUAGGAGCUAUUGCGCAAUUCUGCCCAGAUUUGCUUCCUUCCCUCCCUCCUCCCCAACCGUCAAUGCUGCUCAACUCACGAGGAAACAGAAAGCUGAUUCAUGGAUCCCAGACCCAGCUUCCUCUGUGCUGCUGUCCAUAAGAAGAUCAUGGUACUGCUGCUGCUUGAGACUUUGUUGUAAAUCCCCUCACCCCUCCUCCCCAAACCCUGAGCGCUCGCUCUCUCUCGGAAGUGUGGUUACUGCUUGGGGAGCAGCCGAGCCUGGCGCAAAAGGGGAAACGUUGAUGCAUCGCUGUGGAAAUUAAUUGUGUGACUUUCUGGGUAUUUACUGAGUUUCAGACCGAGAUGCAGCUCUUGAAAGCUUUAUGGGCAUUAGCAGGAGCAGCUAUCUGCUGUUUUCUUAUAUUUGUCAUCCACUCACAGUUCCUUAAAGAAGGUCAACUGGCUGCAGGUACAUGUGAGAUUGUUACUUUGGACAGAGAUAGCAGUCAGCCCCGAAGGACUAUAGCCCGACAAACAGCUCGCUGUGCAUGUAAAAAAGGACAGAUUGCCGGUACAACAAGAGCAAGGCCAGCCUGCGUGGAUGCACGAAUUAUCAAAACAAAACAGUGGUGUGAAAUGCUUCCAUGUUUAGAAGGAGAAGGCUGUGAUUUGCUAAUCAAUAAGUCAGGCUGGACCUGUACACAACCGGGUGGGCGAAUAAAGACAACCACGGUCUCCUGACAAAUGCAGCAGCAAAGAAUCCUCGUAUGAGUGGUCUAGGUUCUGUGUGAGCUACUUACCUUAGUCAAGUUUCACUGCUGUGGAUCAUCAUCCAUUAUAUGUCAUCAAUUCAACUGUCUGUUUCUCUAUAUCUCAUAAAAGACAGCAUAAUUCCUCUACAUUAUGAGCUAAAAGUCUGUUCUACCAUACUAAGGAGCAUUGGACUAAGGAAUAUAGAUAUAAGAGAUACGCUUGGGCAUUAGCAAUACAAAAAGUUCAUGGUUAAUGUUUCAUCUGCGUUAUACACCACUGCUGGACUCGAUGUUACCUACAUGUUUUGAUCUGAAGAGGCUACUGCACUGAAGAGUAUUCAUCCCAAUCAGCCUUAGAGAAGACUGUUUUGUCUAUGGGAGGACACUGAGGUGCAAAAGAGAAUCUCUUCUUGUGCCCUGGACUGUCUGAAUUGCUUUUAUUUUCUUAUACUUUCAGUAUAUACAAUAGACCAAAGAGCAAAAUCUAUUUUAAAGUGGACACAAUCUUACUGUUAACAGAGCUAUCUGGGUUAAAUUGUAGGGUGGUCUCCACAAAGACAUGAUUUCAACUCUCACAAAGCUGAGAUGUUCCUGUACAGCAGAAGUCUUUAUGGAACACUGCAGUAAAAACUAAACUAGAAAAUUACUCUUGAAAAACCACAUUAUAAACUACGAAAUGGAGCAUGGAGAGAAAAUGGCGUAUGUUUGAAAAACUUUGAUGAAACAGCUACAAACUGUCUACAUGGCACCUUUAUUCCUCUGUACUUAGAUUGACUUUCUCGUACUAAAAUCAUUUUCAGUUUUAACCAGUUAAACAUGCCUCUUCUACAGUUCCAUUUUUGAUAGUUAAAAUUGGAUAAUACAGUAUUUGCAAAGAGCAUGUUUGGUCAUCCGUGGCCUAUGUCUCAUCUGAUACACCAUUUAGCACCAGAAAGCAAAUUAAAGAAAAAAAAAAGUAACACUUGUUUGAAAGAGAUCAUUAAAUGUAUUUUGAAAAGCCUAAAGUUAUAUAUUUAACAGUUUUUAUAUGUUGUAUAUUUGUAGAAAAUCCUAUUUAACAAUUAACGUGGUAACUCUGAUGGUCAUGACAAAGGGUUCAGAGUUAAGUUGUGUUUUAUUACUUCAGUUGUCUCUGAAGUGACAGGUGUCAUUUGCUUUCUUCCAUUAGGGCAUUCUGGAUGUAAAGCAUGACCAGAGAGGAUUCUGUAGAAAAAGCAAAGAAUAAUGUUGUUUAUAUUACAUAAAUGCAUUCAGCCAUUGCACUGUUGGAAGGCAUUUUUUUGGUCUUUAUGUACUGGUAAAAAUAGAGUGUAAAAUAUUUUAAUCAUGGCUUUCCAUACCAAGUUAUUUCUCUCUCUCUCUCUCUCUCUCUCUCCUUCUCCCCACCCUUCUCUAGAUAAUACAGUAUAAAAGUCAAUUUGCAGCCUGUUCCUUGACCCAGAUUCAAUGUUUUACCUCAUCGUUAGAAAGCCCACUUUUUUGGCAUUAUCAGGUAGUGAAAAGUUAAUGCAAAGACAGCAUAGAAAAGAAGGGAAAUGAAGAUAAAAAGAUCCCUCACUCCCUAUUACUGUACCUUUCUAUAUAUGUUUGGUACAUACUGAUAUGAUGAAAUCAACAAAUGAGCUUAACUUCUUCCUGGCAAAUGUAUUCCAGUUUUAACGAUUCUCCAAGUUUCCACUAUAUUAGUAUACUACCUAAUACUCCCAUUAACUUUUAGUACUAUGCUAGUUCUAUGCUACUAAAGAAAAAUAUAUAGAGACUGUUCAAGCAGCCAUAGAUAAAAAAUACAAAAACAAAAAGUUAUUUUUUUUGUAAGGCCUGUUCCACUAUUCAGGCUUAUUUAAUACACAGGUUGCAGAAACCAUGAAUUAUAGGUGACUGUGUCUUUUGAGUAAAAUAAAUAUAUAAGAAUUUCUUAUUUAAUCUUAAGUUUUUUGACCAGUAUCAAAGUAGCAAUUCCAGGCCAGCCACUUGAAAAGUGUUAUGGACUGACUGCACUAUAAAUGACCAAUGUCUGGUUUGAAAUGUCAUGCAAUAAACGAUGGUAAAUACAUUUACUGUACUACUAGAACUCAAGAGCCAGAUCCCUCACUCCACCAAUUUUCUGUUUUGUUUCAGUUUAUUUUUAAGGGAGUGUAGUAGCCUUAUUUAGUAAACACAGAAAAACUAAAGAUGUUACAUUUUUGUUGCUUUACAGUAUUCAGUUUUGUGUUGGUUCAGCUAAAUUAUGGAAAUAAAGAAAAUCCUUUUAUAAGUGA